GUCUUCUGCACUGCAGCAACCACGAGAGCAUUUAUACUCCAUGAAGAAGAAAGUUCACGAUCCCCCUGACCAAAAACAGCGUCCUAGGAGCAUCUCUGAAGGUAUCGACACACUUUCGACGUUAGAUUGCAGUUUAUAACAAAGUACCGAGAACAGGAGUUAGUUUAUUUAAGAACAAGGCUGAAAAUCGAGAACAAGAGAGUAACUCCGCUUGAAAAUGUUGUGUUUUGGCUUGCCGGAAGUUUUGCUUCACAUAGGAAGAUGAUGUCGAAAUGCUACCUGGUCGUUGCUUUCUUCAAUAUUCACAUGACUCUUGGUAGAAACAGACAUUUAUCUUCAGGUCUCAUGGUUCAUUUCAAUGUCAAGUCAUGACUUGUGUUUAUUCCUCAUUCAUUCCUGUUGAGCUCACGUAACAACAACCAGUCUGCUGUUAGGGUGGCUCCAGGAUUUCUCUCUUUAUAAUCACAACAACCCAGCCUCUAUGCCUAACAGUCCAUGUGGAUGUUUUCAUGUUAUCUAGGAAGACAAUCCUUGAUAAGAGACAGUUAGCCAUAAAAUAAGCAUGUAUCACCAUGACAACUAACAUCAUUUUACCACCUGACCCCGGAUGUCCCCUGGAGGAGACACAAAUAAUUCAGUCUCCAUCAACAACAACAAAGCUGUUCAUAAGCCCUUUUUGUCUUGGUUAUGACAGUCAAAGCUCUUUUAAGGAGUGUUUUUAAUUGUCUGAAAUGUAUAGUAUUGAUGUAUGUAAACGCUAAUGAGACCAGCAAAAGAUGAUGUUUUUCUUUUUAUUCUAAUUUUUAACACCUAAAAUUAGUGUGAGGGGGUAAGUAUUAGCUGAAGAAGCAGUCCCACCACCUGCAGCAUUCACAGAAACUGUAACAUCAGGCAGUCAAAAUUCAGCAGAAUGAGAUUUUUCUGUCCGAAGUCACUACUCAAGCAUGUAGAAGAUGAGAUAAGCAAAGACUGGAGCUAAAUUGGUACAAAAAAAGGAGUUCUUUACAGGAGCUUUAAAUUCACAAAAUGACUGUAAAGCAUCCACGUUUACUAGUUCAUGAAAAAUAUCUUUUUGAUCUGUUGCAAAUGGGGCACCAAUCUACACUAUAGUUUAGAGGUUAGAUAAUAAAAUUUCAGAAUGACCUCUUGCCGAAUUUCAAGAGCAUCCCAUUUGGUCAAACCAAAAUUCAACUUCCCCAACACAGUUUUGUACUCAAAUAACUAACAGGUAAAAGAUUUUAAUCCUUACAUUUGAGUAAACCUUGCAGAUCCUUUAGCUGAUUUCACUUACCUGUGGAAUACCAAUCUAAAGAAGUCUAAGGGUUCAUCUAAACACAGCAAUAACUUCAGAGAAAGUACAUCUAUGAGGAUAGAUAUUAACCAAUAUGUUUGCUUUCCUCUUGCAGAAUGCCUUUUCACUUCUGUCCCCAGUGUGGGACAAAGUUGCAGCCUGGUUUUAAAUUUUGUCCAUCUUGUGGAGAACAGCUUCCCUCUUCAUCUGAUGAACCGGGACCUGUGAGCUCAACAGUCUUUUUAAGUUGCUCUCCAACCAAACAGACUAAGGCAGCGUCACCAGUAGUUAAAACAAGCCUUACUUCAAGCACUAGUUCAGCACCCACAGCGAGUCAAGGUAAAGAUCUUGGCAGAGUUUUAAAGGGACUUAUAUUGUGUUAUCCAAUGAUAUCGAAAAUGUAGAUUUUUUUUUUCUUUCAGCCCCUGAAUGUACUCAGUCAACCUCAGUUACAACUCGUCCUGCACUGCGGAAAUCCUUUAACUCAUUACGGCUGGAGAAAGAAGUAUCAUUCUCUUUCAAAGAUGCUGCUCCACCGGUGGUGCCUGACCCUAAACCUGACACAAGCAUCAGGACUGAGGGUAUUAAACAUGGAGUUUUGAAAAGAAAAAACAACAAUUUUGGGGUCAACUUGUAAUUUUUUCAUUUUGAUUGCAAAUUCAUUAGCUUAUGCAUUUCUUUGGCUUUUAUUUGCAUCAACAGAUAAUGAUAGGUUGGUGAGAACUCCUACAAAGCAGCAGACUGUCUCUUGUAAACUCAACACAGAGGUAGAGCCAUCUUUAGAGUCGUCCCCCUCUUCUCUUGUGAAGUCUCCUCGAGCUGGUGAGUUGAAACACAGAACACAUGAGACAGUCUUUAUGAUAAAUUGAGUUUUUCCUCAAUGUUUUGUGUUAUGAUCUUUUCUCUCAUCCAUAUGGUUUGUAACUGACCCACAUGAAGUCAGGGGAAAGGCAAAACACACUAGCCCUGCAGUGAAGCAGGCAGAAGAUAAAACUGGAAGUAAAGCAGUGAAACGAACAGGAGAUGGCUCCCCUAAGUCUGUGUCAUCACCAGUCUCCAAAUCUCCUUCAAAAUCUCCUUCAAAAGGUCAACCACACAACUUAAAACACUGAUAUUUAUCAAGUUAAAGGUUCAAUUUCCCAGUGAAGACAGAAAAGGUUUAACUGUUUUUUUCCAUGUGAAAAACUGUAAAUAUUUCCAUAUAAAUACAACAGCAGGUAGAGGUAAAGCCAAGAAGACAAAACAAGCAUGUGCUGUGGAGCCGCUGCAGGAAGGCGAGGAGGUGACAGACACAACAGGAAAAAAAUGGACGCUGAUAAAACUGCUCAGUCAGAGCACAACAGAAGUCUUCUACGAAGGUGAGACUGUCUUCAUUUCAUUUGAUAUUCUGGCGAGUGUAGACUGAACAUAACUGGUGAAAGUAACCCAGCCAACACAGUUACUGUUCAAGACGGCAAGGUCCACUUUACAGUCAAUUCUGACGAGACUUAAAGAGAUAUUCUUGCGCAAAUUUAAGUUAUGGUCAAACACAAGAUAACACUGAGUUAGACACCCCCUCGAGAGAUGAUUGUUGCCGACCGCUUGCUUCUCUAGUUAUACCAACAUUAGCAACAACUGCAUGAUAGCAAUACACAGCGCUACGAGGUCUCCCCGCGCAAACCUCGAGCAAAAAACCACUCAUAAAUAAUGCUCAGAACAGCAUCUAACUUCAUCAACAGUACAUAAAGGGUCCCAGCCACAGCAACAGCCAUCAAACAUCUUUUUAGCUUUGCCUGAUUUCUUUAGCAAAGAGACUAAAAACAACUCACCCACUCUCCUCCAGCAGCCGCUUGUUUGUAGGGGAGCCACGAAUCUGCAACAUUCAUCUCUCGGGGGGUUUGUCUAACUCUGUGUUGCUGUGUGUUUGACCAUUACUUAAAUUUACACCGCGGUAUCCCUUUAAGAGCACAUAGAGCAUUGGUUUACUGUGUCUCUUUGCACAACCAAAAUACAAAAAUUCUUUUUAGUUUUUAUACUCUCUGUUUUUUGUUUCAUGUGUUUUAAUCGAAUAAUGAGUUCAGUAUCUCUGCGAUCCAGUUAAUGUCAUUACAGCAGCAAAAAAGGCUGACGAAGUUAAGUGGAUGCAAUUGUGUUCAGCAGCAGAUGACUGUGACGUAAAAUGUGAAUCAACUCUGUUACAUGGUUUUAUAAUCUUUUUUAAUUUCUGCGAACAGUUUCAUCGUCAAAGUCCAAGGAAUCAAAUCACACCCUCAAACUGGUCAGUAAGAUCCCAUGAUUCAAAUUUUGAUUUGGAGUUCUCUGUAAAAACUGGAUAUGUACUUUGACACCAUGGGCUUUUAUUUUUUCUGUACUGCCUGUUACAAAUACUUCUUAAUAUCUUCAGUCACUCUAAGUAGCAUCAGUAAUGUGGAUUUUCUCUCUGUUGUCAUGUUAGGGAGCCAAGGAUGGAAGACUCUUCAAUGAGCAGAAUUUUCUGCAGAGAGCAGCUAAACCUACAUCUGGUGAGGUUUUUUUUUUGUUCUUCUUUUAUGUUAUCAUAAAUUCUGCAUUCAUAACUUGACUAAUAAUGGUUAAAAAACAGCAAGAGAACAAAUGAAACAGAAAUCAAAUAGAAACAAAAUAAUUUAGAUGUUAAGAGUGAAACAGAGAAAGACUGAUUGACGGGAGCAUCAUCAGACCUAUUUUGAGGACAAAAUAACUGAAACCCUCGUAAGUUCUGGUUUGUCUGGAGUGUAUCCAUUCAUGAGCAUCUCACAUUAACCUUCCUGCUAAUACCUGAUGUCUCUGCAGUGGAAAAAUGGAUCAAACAACGUAAGAUGGAUUUUCUGGGGAUUCCCUCCUGUGUUGGCUUUGGUCCUCAUGCAGAUUCCUACAGGUGUGGAAAACAAUUUAAUAAUGGAUUUCCUCACACGAAACAAGACAAAUUCUCAUUAAUUUGAAGCUCUGUUUUAUGUUUUGUCAACAGGUUUCUAAUUUUCCCAAACAUGGGCCAGUGUCUUUGGUCUGUCAUGGAGGAAGGAGAAAAGCUUCUGUCUGAGAAAACUGUUCUUCAGCUCGCCUGUAGAUUAGUGAGUGUAUCGUGAGGACAGACCUUCAGUCUGAAUAAUAACUGUGAUUCCUCCAUUCACUUAAUAAAGCCAACAUAUUUCCAUUUUUGCAGUUAGAUGUGUUGCAGUAUAUCCAUUCAAAUGAGUAUGUCCAUGCUGAUAUCACUGCAGAAAACAUCGUCAUCUCACCGGAUCAGAAAUCUCAGGUAACGUGUUUUGCGGUUAAAAAAAACAAAACAGUAAACUGUGAAAGCUGUACUCUGUCUGUAGUUGAAUUUACAUGCACUUGCGUGUGUUGGUAGGUACACCUGGUAGGAUACUGCUAUGCUUUCAGGUAUUGUCCAGGCGGACAACAUGUUGAAUAUCGGGAGGCCAGCAGGACACCACAUGAGGGCACCACAGAGUUUAUCAGUCUGGACGCACAUAAGGGAGCAGGUGCGUCAUGAAUAACUUGUUUCACUAAUAUCAACAAAUCUGAAUUCCUUUUUCUCUGGAAGCUGCUGUGUAAAACAUGAGAAGACACCUGCACACCUCCCACAGUCCAUCUGUCUGCGGCGCCACCUCCCACACACGCUUCACAUGAUAAGACUGAUUAGACUGUCUUUUGAAGCGGGUUGUGGUUAUGUAAUAAAGUUCUUUCCAUGUCUGACUAAUUUAAAAACAAAGUCAGAGCCAUAACUGGAUUAUAUUUGUAUCAUCUGAGGUUUAUUUCUUAAUGUUCAUGUGUAUCAGAGGAAAGCUCUAAGAACAAGCACGUGUUGUGCUCACAAUAUAUCAUGUUUUCUGCUUCAGCUCCAUCUCGCCGCAGCGACCUGCAGUCACUGGGUUACUGCAUGCUGCGCUGGCAUACAGGCUCCCUGCCCUGGACUGAAGUCAGUGAUUUAGAUCAGAUCACCACACAGAAACAGAGGUGAGAUGAUUCAACUUCACCUCUUUGAAACACCAUUAAAAAACACUGAGUUUGGUCACAUUUCUGCUGAAUAACAUAAAACUUUAAAGUUGAAUGUCCAUUGGAAAAAAAAAACAACAUGUUACUCAAAACUUCUCUAAUGAUAGAUACAUGGACGAUGUUCCUGCUCUGUUGAAUCAGUGCUUUGGGAAGAAAAGAGUUUCCAGUAAGUUCCAGUAUUUUAUUGACUCAUAUGAAGUUCUUAAUUAUGUGACUUUCCUUGAGAUAUUUGGUGAAUCUGUGCGUUUUUUGGUGUAGGUGCGUUCAGAGUCUACCUGACUUCAGUGAUGGCUCUGCAGUACUCAGAGGAGCCGGAUUAUUCAGCUCUGAAGGACGCACUGAGAGAUGCUCUGCAGCUGUUGGGGGGGUCGCUGGAUCAGCCGCUUAGUUUUUAGAUCAAAACACCCAGCAGGUCAGAAACAAGUAUUCACACAUGUUAAGAGGUUUGUCCAAUUGGCUGUGUGUCCUUGUUUCACAUCGGAAUUUUUCCUGCGAGUUAAAGAUUACUGAGCUUUUAUUCCAUUUGCACUUGUUGUGUUGCAAACUCAAAGUUGAAAGCAGCUGUGUUUUCACCAGAUAGAGAUGAUGGAAGUGGUGCAAUGUUUUCAACAGUGAAAGUACUUAAGAAAACACUGGAUGUAUAAAUUUUAAAAUAGGUGGAAGUUUAACCUCAAACAAACUCAAUUUUAGAUUGAGGUCAAUGAGCAGAGCUACCCCAAGUUUACUUAUUUUAACUGGAUCAUCAUUUCAAGCACUCAGUCGGUCACAUUUCUCACAAAUUGCACUGCAGAGUAUCCACAUGUCAGGGUCAGCUUGGGGGAUGCAAUUUCUCGAAGGGUUCAUUUACUGGUCUGAGUGAAAUUUACACUGAAUUAGUUCAAAGUGUCACAGGUGUUGUGUUACAUUUAAGUUUUGGGUAUUUAGUUUAAACUGUUGUCUGUUUUGAUGAAGUGUUUUAGUGAAAUUUUAAUUGCAUGUAGUUUGUUUUCCUUUUUCAUUUAAAAAGGGGAAAGUGCAGAAAGGGCGGACAUUUUUCUCCCUCCAUUUUAAAGCAAAGCAUUACAUUUUCUAAAUCUGUGAACUAAAGGGAUGAAUAAUGUAAGCAGGGUUUCUACAUUUCUUAUUGUUAAAUUGUGCCUUAGUGUCCUUUGACGUUCAGUUAUUUUACCGAAAAACAAUAAAGCAUCAGAAUUCAUCCCACCAAAAA